CGGCAGCAACAGCAGGCGCGGCGGAGCGCGGCGCCGCCGAGCCGGGCCGAAAGUCAAACUGGGAGGUGAUCGAGCACUACAGCAAGUCGGGUCUACACAGCGGCUCGGUGCGCUCUCGGCCCGGCGAGGUGAGCCUGCUACAGAGCACGCCGGCCCCGCCCGCCGUCUCCGCCCCCCGGCGCCGGUUCUGCGCGCCCUGUCUGCGCCUCUGCCGCUCGCACCGGUUCGCGGACGUCCAGGUGGAGUCGCUCUACCAGCGCUACUUUCUGCGCAUGAACCAGUCGUCGUUCUCGUCGCUGCUGGCCAUCCUGAUCUUGGUGCUGGUCUCACUUGGCCUGCUUGAGUACAUUCUGAGCGCGGAGCGCGGCGCGGCGCGCACUCUGGCGCCCGUGCUGGCCGCACUGCUGUUGCUGUAUGCGGGCCUGGCGCUGACACUCGCGCGCGCCCGCCAGCUGCGCACCCUGCUGCUACUGGUGUUCAGCUGCACCGUGGCCGUCUCAUUCGUGGCGCUGGUGGCCGCCGUGGUGCUGACAGCUCCCGCAGACUCGGCCACUGCCGGCGUGUGGCUCACGCUGUUCUGUGUCUACAUGGUGUACGCCUUGCUGCCGCUGAGGCUACGAGAGGCGCUCGUGGCAGGCCUGACGCUGUCGGCGCUUCACCUGGGACUGGCCGGCUACCUCGGCCGCAACCAGGCCAGCUUCGCGCAGCUGAUCGCCUGCAACAGUCUAUUGUUUCUGUGUGUCAACCUGGCCGGCAUCUUUACUCAUUAUCCGAGCGAGCUGGCCAAGCGGAAGGCCUUCCUGGAGACGCGCCAGUGUAUCGAGGCUCGACUGGUGACCCAAAGGGAGAAUCAACAGCAGGAGCGUCUUCUCUUGUCCGUGCUGCCUCGGCACGUUGCCAUGGAGAUGAAAUCCGAUAUCGCCGGGCAGCAGCGAGACACCAUGUUUCACAAAAUAUACAUCCAGCGCCACGACAACGUCAGUAUAAUAUUUGCAGACAUUUGUGGCUUCACUGCGCUUUCUGAUCAAUGCACAGCAGAGGAGUUGGUCAGACUUCUGAACGAACUGUUCGCCAGGUUCGACCGGCUGGCGGCUGAGCACAACUGUCUGAGGAUAAAGCUGCUCGGUGAUUGCUACUACUGUGUGUCCGGCCUGCCCGAGCCGCGGCCCGAUCACGCGCACUGCUGCGUGGAAAUGGGACUCGACAUGAUCGAAGCCAUUGCUCUCGUUCGUGAGGUGACGGGUGUGAAUGUGGAUAUGCGGGUCGGAAUCCACACGGGCCGCGUCCACUGCGGCGUCCUGGGACUCAGGAAGUGGCAGUUUGACGUCUGGUCCAACGACGUGACUCUGGCCAACUACAUGGAGUCCAGCGGCAUACCGGGACGAAUCCACAUUACCAAAGAGACGCUGGACUGUCUGAACGGGGCUUACAGCGUGGAGCCGGGCAACGGGCGGCAGCGUGACGCCUACCUGCGUCAGCACAGUGUCGAAACGUUCCUCAUCAUCGCCGACGAGGCCAACCGAUACCAAACGUCCAAAGAGAGGAAGUCGGGGGCAAACGGCACAGUGUCCAAGGAGCUCAGAACCAUGGGCUACGCCGCAGGUCACAUGCACCAAAACCGCCUUCUGCCGGGCUCGGAGAAAAAGACGACGGCUGAAGAAGUGGACGACUACCUGGCCAGGGCCAUAGACGCCCGCAGCAUCGACAGGCUGCGAAACCAGCACUGUCGGAGACUGCUGCUCACGUUCAACUCACCACACAUCGAGCAGAAGUAUUCGAUAAAACGCGACAAGCUUUUGCCCGUCUACUUUGUAAGCGCAUUCAUCAUCUUCGGAUUCAUCGUAGCUGUUCAACUCAUCGCUGUGCCACAGAAUUUCUUCACUCUCGCGUCAUUUUUCGUGGGCGGUUUUCUCAUCAUCAGCGCUGCCUACCUGGUCGUGGCAGAGAACUGGAAGUGCUGCCCGUCGCUGCUGCGCCGUCUCUCGGGCCAGCUGGUGAACCGGCGGGUGCUCACCCAGGGCCUGUCCGUGCUCGUCGUCUUCACCGUCUAUCUGUGUGCAAUACUGCCCGUGUGUGUCUUCGACUCGAGUUCAUUGAAGUUCUGUUCCAACGUAACCACCAAGUACAACCCCAUGCUCAACCUGUCGGCGGUGAUCUUGGACGACCUCGGUCGGACCAGUGACGUCACGGCACGGUCCAAUGACGUCACCGGAUCUACCAGCCAAAGCGCCGUCCCGACCGACUGUCUGCCGGCAUCCAAGAUUUAUUUCCCCGAGUUCGUCACGUUCAGCGUCAUCCUGGCCAUGAUCUCGUGCGCAGUGUUCCAGCAGGUGACCUCGCUGCUGAAGAUGUGCACCCUGCUGGUUAUCUGCGCCUCCUACUUGGCCGUGGUGCUGCUGUACCGGCCGGCGCUGUACAGCGCUACACUGGCAGGCUUGGGCGACAGUGACGCGGUGACGUCGGCCCGCUACGUCACCAUCAUCAUAAUGGGCACGUUUCUGUCGUCACUGGUGGUACACGGCCGGCAGACGGAGGCCACGUCGCGGCUCGACUUCCUCUGGAAACUGCAGGCCACCGAGGAGAAGGAGGAGAUGGAGCAUCUGCAGGCCUACAACCGGAAACUGCUGGCCAACAUCCUACCGGUGCACGUGGCAGACUACUUCAUGUCCGGCGAAAAGGGAGACGAGCUGUACCACCAGCAGUGCGACUCGGUCUGCAUCAUGUUCGCCUCCAUCCCCAACUUCUCCGAGUUCUAUGUCGAGCUCGAGGGCAACAACGAGGGUGUCGAGUGUCUGCGCCUGCUGAACGAAAUCAUCGCCGACUUCGACGAACUGCUCGGAGAGGAGCGCUUCAGAUACGUGGAGAAAAUCAAAUCGACAGGGUCCACCUACAUGGCGGCGUCGGGUUUGACCGAGGCCACGUGCGACCUGAAGAACUUCCGGCACGUCACAGCCAUGGCCGACUACGCCCUGAGGUUACGGGAACAACUCGCCUACGUCAACGAACAUUCCUUCAACAAUUUCAAAAUUCGCGUUGGUUUAAACAUCGGUCCCGUGGUGGCCGGUGUCAUCGGCAGCAGGAAACCCCAGUACGACAUCUGGGGGAACGCAGUCAACGUGGCCAGUCGGAUGGACUCGACCGGCGUGCUCGACAAAAUUCAG